CGGAGCAGGAAGGAACAGGGACGCGCGUGCCAACGGUUCUUCGUUUCAAAAAAUGUGAGAGAUUCACAUGUGCUGUUUUCCCGUCGCGCACCGGCUCCAGUAACGUAAAAAAGCCCACUAUGUCACCGUCCGGUUUGGACACAGAUGAGCAGAAGACCCCAAAGCGCGAGGCUCUCCCAGGUGUUUUGACGGUUCUCCGGUAGCGCGCACACUGGUAUGAAUGAAUGAGAGCUGCGGAGAGUAAAGAUGACGGUGCCACUGCUAAAGAUCGGCGUGGUGCUCAGCACGAUGGCCAUGAUCACCAACUGGAUGUCGCAGACGCUCCCAUCACUUGUGGGCCUCAACGGCACGGCGCUGAGCGCAGCACGGACCCCUUACCCAGACCGGAGCAUAGGAGUUUUGCCCGCUAACCUGGAUGAAACAUGGCAAGUGUACAGCUCAGCUCAGGACACUGAGGGAAGAUGUGUGUGUACCAUUGUUGCUCCCCAGCAUACUAUGUGCUCCAGAGAUGCUCGCACCAAGCAACUGAGGCAGCUCCUGGAGAAGGUGCAGAACAUGACCAAGUCCAUUCAGGUGCUGGACCAACGGACACAGAAGGAUUUACAGUAUGUGGUCAGAAUGGAGGACCAGCUCCGAGGUUUGGAAACAAAAUUCCGCCAAGUGGAGGAAACUCACAAACAAAACCUUGCCAAGCAAUACAAGGCCAUGAAAGAGAAAAUGGCAGAAUUGAGGCCACUGAUUCCUGUGUUGGAAGAGUACAAGGCGAACACACAGCUUGUUCUACAGUUCAAGCAGGAAGUUCAGAAUGUGACUGCCAGUCUGGCAUUGCUUCAGCAAGAAAUGGGAUCGUAUGACUAUGAUGAAUUGCAUUUGCACAUCACCAGCUUAGAGGAAAGACUACAUGCAUGUAUGCAGAAACUUGCAUGUGGAAAGUUGACUGGCAUCAGUGACCCUGUAACUAUUAAGACAUCUGGAUCUCGCUUUGGAGCCUGGAUGACUGACCCACUGGCUCCAGAGGGAGAUAUUAAAGUAUGGUAUAUGGAUGGGUACCACAACAACCGCUUCGUGCGGGAGUAUCGUUCAAUGUCAGACUUUAUGACAUCAGACAAUUUCACAUCCCACCGCCUUCCACACCCGUGGUCUGGAACAGGCCAAGUGAUUUACAACGGUUCAAUUUAUUUCAGCAAAUUCCACAGCCAUGUUAUCAUCAAGUUUGACUUCAAGACCUCUACCAUUAGCAAAUCCCAGAGGCUGGACAGUGCUGGGUACAACAAUGUGUACCACUAUGCAUGGGGUGGCCACUCUGACAUUGACCUAAUGGUGGAUGAACAUGGGCUUUGGGCUGUCUAUGCCACAAAUCAAAAUGCAGGCAACAUUGUCAUCAGCAAGCUCAACCCAGUUACCCUACAGGUCAUCAAGUCAUGGACGACCAAUCAUCCAAAGCGCAGUGCAGGUGAAUCCUUUAUGAUUUGUGGCACACUCUAUGUAACCAAUGGGUACUCUGGAGGGACAAAGGUCUACUAUGCCUACCACACCAACACCUCUACCUAUGAGUACAUUGAUGUCCCGUUGCAGAAUAAGUACUCUCACAUCUCCAUGCUGGAUUACAACCCACGGGAUCGUGCACUCUAUGCUUGGAACAAUGGACACCAAGUGCUCUACAAUGUUACCCUCUUUCACCUCAUUCACUGAUAUUUUAAGAUUCAAUCAUAAAAAUUAAAACAUCACUAAGCAUUUAGUAUCCAUUUUUAUCCUGGUCACACACAAGUUGUGGAUGGAUACUGGAUGGAAUGCCUGGUUGUGGCACCAUGCACUCUCACUCUCACACACACAUUCACAACUAAGAACGAUGUAACAAAGCCAAGCCACCUGCCCAGCAUGUUUUUGGGAGGUGGGAGGAAGCAGCAGAACCCAGCGCAGAAAUUAAGUGAACACUCAAAACUCCAUACAGACAAUAACUCUUACAAAAUGGAGGAGAUUUAAAGUGCCACUCGUUUCACCAUCAGGCCUCCUAUAUAUACACGCUCUCACUUCCUCACUCUCUCUAGCUGUCUAUCUUUAUGCAUAAGCAUACACAAGCACAUAACUUUAUCUGUGUAAAAGCAAAAAUAAAUGCUGAAAUACAUUUGCUGAAGACAAAUAAUGUACUCAUCAAAAUUGAGCUAAUAAGGGCACUGACUGUUGGUUAUGUUCUGCUGUUAUUAUCCCUUGAGAUUAUACUUGAACCUACCAUUUCUAAAGCCCUAGUGUAUCAGUGUAUGUAAAGCAAUGUAGCCUUUUGGACCAAAGACAUUAAAUGCAUUAAAUGAAAGAAUAGCACCAUUCAGAGUUGUGCUAACAUUUUGACUGACAUAUCAAGGCUGACAUCCACUCAGCAUUAAUGUUUCUACAUGCAGUAUACUGAUGCCCACUAAAGAGUACGUUCAGGUAGAACUUUCAUGUGGGACCUUUAACACUUGUGUUUGUGACUAACAGUGAAUAUGUUUUGUUUUGCAUGAACAGUUUUUAGCCAUGCAAGCAUUAUGGUUGGAAUGUUUAUAAUUCUAUGAUCUAUAUAUAUAUACACAUGUUUGUGUUUUUUGCUAGAUUUUGGCACCCAGGAUGGUUGUUCUGUUUUUGUGAUUAGUAAGUUGUUACCUUGGUAUGUUGUUACUUUUUGUCUUGACCAAUGCUUAUAGACUUACAUUUAUUUUUAGUAAUUGCUUUAUACUAGUUAUGGUUGCUGUGGAUGUGGAAUCUAACCUGAGAAAAACAGGAUGGGAUAGCUCACUUUAUUUCUAUCUUAAUUUUAUUUGGUUUUCAUAACUUUUAGCAUGCUGCACAUGAAAUGUGUUUUCUCAAUAUUUCUCACUGGUUUAUUUGCUUAUCUAAGGACGAAUUCUGACAAUGCAACAAUUUGGUCUUUAAUAUUAAUCAGAACUUCUCAAAGGACACAUUUAAUGGUUCUUUUGAAGGUGAAUUCUCAAAUUAUUUUUUGAUUCUCUUUGUUUCCGCUUCCCCUUUCAUGGGAGCUCAAACAUGCUGCCUACAUACGGCCUUCUAACUGGCUCACCUAUACCCUUAUUCAUCAAACCUGUGCACAAUUUUGAAAAAUUUCAUCUUUGCCAUAUGUGUUUGAUCAAACUAAUAUCUGGUCAAACGUCAUUCAGUCGUUCAGUUUAAAUGAGCUAAACCAAUGUAAAGUUUUUUGCCAGAUUUACAAUUUUAUUUGAAUCUAGUAAUGUCCUCAAAACAGAAAGCUAGGAGCAUGAAAUGUCAGGUCAGUUAGUAA